UGUAGGUGUGUCAGCAAUGUCGGGACUUCUCGACUGGCUGUACAAUGGCUUCACCAGCAUGCUACAGUUCCUGGGGCUAUACAAAAAAUCGGGGAAACUGGUCUUCCUUGGCUUGGAUAAUGCUGGCAAAACCACCUUAUUGCACAUGCUGAAAGAUAACAGACUGGGGCAGCAUGUUCCCACGUUACAUCCCACAUCAGAGGAGCUGACGAUUGCAGGAAUGACGUUCACUACAUUUGACCUUGGAGGUCAUACACAAGCCCGGCGAGUCUGGAAGAACUACCUCCCUGCCAUUAAUGGAAUUGUUUUCCUUGUUGACUGUGCAGACCACUUGCGGCUUGCUGAAUCUAAAGUUGAGCUUGAUGCAUUAAUGACAGAUGAAACAAUAUCCAACGUUCCUGUUCUUAUCCUGGGCAAUAAAAUUGAUCGAUCAGAGGCCAUCAGUGAGGAAAGACUCCGGGAACUCUUUGGCCUGUACGGACAAACAACAGGGAAGGGGAUUGUGCCACUGAAAGAGUUAAACACCCGGCCAUUGGAGGUGUUUAUGUGCAGUGUACUGAAGCGACAGGGUUAUGGAGAAGGAUUUCGCUGGCUUUCGCAAUAUAUUGACUGAGCUUCAGACAAAUCUCUGCCACUGUGAACUGAACUAGUUUGCAGCUGUCUACAUUUGAUUUUGCUUUUCUUUUGUUUAUAUGAAAAAAUGCAUCUGUUGAUGAGAUCACAGUGCCAACCAGGAGGGAAUUGAGAACAGCUGAAUUUUUAAAAUAUAAUUUCAAGUUGGAUGGUUGUAUCUAGAUUAAAGUCGGAAUCACUUUUCCGAGUGUAUCCUUUUUACAGCUCCUGUAUGUGUGUUGGCUGAGAAUUCAAACUAGAGUGAGGCUGUGCAAAAGGUCCAGAAAUGUACGCAUUCCUUUUUUUCUGGGUCCCUCUUUUUUUUGAAAUGCUCAGUGAUCCCUGAAGCUGUGCAGGUAUGUCUGAAGUCCUGUAUCACAAGACAUUGCAGAUGGAAUAGCAGCUGUCUGAUCAACCCUCAGUAUUGUAGCCAAAUCAAGUGAUUCUCUAAAUUGUAAUCACAAGCGCGAAAAUGUUUAUUGACUGUCGCUAUCUUCACUGACGUGGUUUGUGUUUGGAACCAUUUGUAAAUUACAAACAGUCCAAGGCUGACUUAGAGCAUACAGUCUUGAAGGUUUUCAGAUACGCCCAGUAAGAUGUUGUUUCAUGUUAUUCCCACAAGGUGAGGCUGAAAUAACAGUUGUGUGAAAGUUCUUUCAGCUAUCAGUUUACUCUCAGUGGGAUAUGCAAUUUAUAUAUAUGAUAUUAACAUUUAAAGAUAUUUCAAUGGCAUCUGGGCUGGUUACAAUCCUGUCAAUAAUUUCUAUAUGUACAAAUAAUUUGGCUAAUUAUUUUGAGAAUCAUUUCUCCAGUGGUUAUUGUAUCGGUAUAUUUUGCGAGUUGGAUUUUGUGAUUGUGGAGGAGUUGAGCUUUUAAUAAGAUCUAAGAUAUUUUAUCCCCCCCUGUAAUCUGCACAUCAUAAAUAAUAUCAAAAUCAGAAAGUAAAAUCGUUUUCAGAAAUUUAUGACAGAAUGAUGGCUCAGUCAACAGAGUUUUCUUUUUCCAUUUGGCGUGGAAGAACUUUGGGAAUGGAAAAAUGCACAAACAAGUCACAGGUGGAUUAAGAAUAAUGCCAAGCCGCUUUUAAACUUGAUUAGUGAGUGAACUGAAAUUUAACACAAGCUGGUAACAUAAUGGGUUUGUCAUGGAACUUUGGGGAACUCACUGACAUUUGGAAAAAUUGCACAAUUUCAUGCACACUUUUUAAAAUGUAAAACUUUUCUAAAAUAUGAUCUAAUUUGUACAGUUGGUGCUUUUAGUGUGAUUAUAGAGACAACGUGACAUAUGAGCUGCAUAAUGUGGAACUGUUUUACAUUUAUACUUCAACAGUUUACACAUUACAGUGGAUGGAACUUUACACUUCUGUUCAUCGACAUGGAAUACGCUUAUGAUGCAAAAUUGAGACAGCAUUAUAAUUUUAUGUGGACAGCAAAUGAACAGCCUUAAAGGGAAUGAGUAAUGGUAAAUUAACACUAUUUUUUUCCUGCUUUUAUAGACUUUUGUCUGUUCAGAAUGGUGAUAUUCUUUCAAAGAUUUUGGAAAGAAUGGAGACAUUCAAUAUAGCAGUUUUAUUUGAUGCUGGAAUCAGAAAUUGCACUGUCUUCCAGCAUAGAAGUAAAUGGCUUUCCUAGACCAAAAAAGCUCUUCUCUGUUAGGCCUCCAUGUGGCAAAACCCAAUGAAGGCUCGAUUCUUCCUGAAAUUGGAAUGCAGUAGAAACUAUUUAACAGGAAUUCAUGUUUUGUUUACUCACAUCUAGUUUUUUUUUUAACCAGUUGUGUGCUCAGUUGAGUGAAAUUAAGAAAAUGUCUUUGCCCGAUAAGAGGGCUUUUUUUCCCCGAAGAGGCAUCUGCUGUAAUCACUUCUUGGGAUGAUUAUAAUUGGCACAGUCUAGGGACUUGCCUGUCUAAACAUCAAUGGCAAAACCUAACAUUUUCUUGCACCUCCUCCCUAACACAGGUAAGCACUGUAUCUGCAGUGUUAUUGGUUCUUGCGUUGUCAAUGUGCCUCAGUGUCUGAGAUGAUAUGAGUGACCCUUGCCAAUCUGAUGUCUUCACCAACUCGUUCUUAGAAAUGAAACUAUUCUUGCCCUCACUGUAUUCAUUUGCUAUUUGGUAGAAAGAUAACUUGCAAGCAACAUGUAUAAAUGUAUUAUAAAUCAUUGCUUUAUUUGAAAUAAAUGGUUAUAUAUCUUCA